AUGGGUGCCUCGCAGUCUUCCGCGGCUCCUUCGGGCAGCAAAUCGCUAUACCAGCGCGCGCAGGCCAAGAAGCGCGGCCCGGCCAUUAGCGACGAGGACCUAGAGCGAUACACGGGCAAGUCGCGAAGCGAAUUCGACGCAUGGAAAGCGACGGCACCCGGCGUAGGGGGCCACCAGCGCGCCGGCACGCUUGCCAUGGGCGGCGCAUCGGGGCUCGCCGGCGUCGCCGCCGGAGCCGGUUUUGGCGGUUGGGGUCCCAGCGCCGAGCCCCGUGACGCCAACCGCGGCUUGAAGUUUCCCCCCACGCCGGCGCCGAAGAAAGGCGUCGAAGGCCCCAGCUCGAGCAUCGGGGGUCCUUCGAAGUGA